AUGAGCCUUGGAGCCAUCCCUCCAACCAUGCUUCCUGGCGUAGCCCACGCCAUUCCACCCGCUGCCCAAGCCCUUCAUACGGCGAUCCCCAAUUUGCCUCCGAACAAUACCAUCUACAUUAACAAUCUGAAUGAAAAGAUCAAACUUGAUGAUCUAAAAAAAUCGCUAUAUGCCGUUUUUGUCCAGUUUGGCCAAAUCCUGGACAUAAUUACGGGUGAGUUAUCGAUAUGUAUCCCUUUCUUUCAAUGCCAGUAG